AUCUCGGGGAACUCCUCCGCGUGCGCGGGGCGGGGCUUACCUAUGCGGUGUGGGAAAUCCCCUGGGAGACGACUUGGAAAGGCUAGACCGAUAAGCUGGGUUAUGUGGGCAAGGCUUCAUUGCACCCUAGGGCUCAGUUCAACCCCGAAACCUGUUGCCAGUACUAGGCCACGAUUCUGAAAUCUAACAACAGAGUGUCUCUGAGAAUAUACAGAAUGCCUUUUCUUCACCCUUGAGUAGCUAUGAAUUGGGACUUAGGAAGAAGACUUCCAGGAUAGACAAUGUAUCCUUAAUGGGUGGCUUGCCUCAGCCACUGCAUAUUUUACAAUAAAGAAACUAUCUGCUAUUUAUAUAGUGAUUUCUUAAGUGUACAAAGGGCUUCCCUCACAUUUUCUUAGUAAUCCUUACAACAGCCCUUCAAGGUCCUGACUUUGCACAUCCCACCUUGGCGGUAUGACUCGGGACGUGGGUCUAGAUGAUGAGCUUCCAGACUGGGCUGGAGCCAAAGAAUUUUACCAGAAAUAUGACCCCAAGGAUGUAAUUGGCAGGGGUGUGAGCAGUGUGGUCCGACGCUGCAUUCAUAAGCAGACCGGUGAGGAGUAUGCGGUGAAGAUUAUUGAGGUCACCCCAGAGCGCAUGACCCCACAGCAGCUGGAGGAAGUGCGCUCAUCGACCAGCAAGGAGAUUGACAUCCUGCGUCAGGUCUCCGGACACCCCUUCAUCAUUACUCUUAUAGAUUCCUAUGAGUCAUCCACCUUCAUGUUUCUGGUAUUUGACUUGAUGAGACGGGGAGAGCUUUUCGACUACCUUACAGAGAAAGUAACCCUCAGCGAGAAGGAGACUAGGUCUAUCAUGCGAGCCCUCUUGGAGGCCGUGAGCUACCUUCACACCAACAACAUCAUCCAUCGAGACCUCAAGCCCGAGAAUAUCCUCAUGGACGACCAGCUGAACAUCAAACUCUCGGAUUUUGGCUUCUCCUGCCACUUGAAGCCAGAGGAGAAACUGCGAGAGCUGUGUGGGACCCCUGGCUACUUGGCUCCAGAGAUCUUGAAAUGCUCCAUGGAUGAGACUCACCCUGGUUAUGGGAAAGAGGUGGACCUCUGGGCCUGUGGAGUCAUCUUUUUCACCCUCUUGGCUGGCUCUCCUCCUUUCUGGCACCGUAAGCAGAUGCAGAUGCUUCGGAUGAUCAUGGAAGGGCGAUACCAGUUUGGCUCUCCUGAGUGGGAUGACCGAUCUGACACAGUCAAGGACCUGAUCUCACGACUAUUACAGGUGGAUCCAGAAGAACGGUUGACAGCUCAGCAGGCUCUACAGCACCCCUUCUUCCAGCGCUAUGAUGGCCGUGAAUGCCGGCACUUCAAUCCCCACCGUGCAUUCAGGGUUGCUGCAUGGACUGUGCGAGCCUCCAUCCGCAUCUUUUCCAACUAUCGACGGGUGCGGCCGGUCACCAAGGAGCUGCUGCUGUGCGACCCCUAUGCACUCAAGGGGGUGCGCAAGUUGAUUGAUGCUUGCGCCUUCCGCAUCUAUGGGCACUGGGUCAAGAAGGGUGAGCAGCAGAACCGGGCCGCCCUCUUUGAAAACGUCCCCAAGGCCAUCCAGCUCGUCUUGCUCAGCACAGAGGGGGAGGAAGCCCCCUUGUCCGCUGUGGAUGACCCUCCCAACUAAGCAGCUUGCCGCUGUUCCCUGGGCAGCUUGGGGAUCACUGGGUCCCUGACUGAAUGGAGGCAGGCGCCACUUCAAGAACUGUCCCCACCUCCCAUCUCUUCUUGGGAGAAUGGCAAGUACUUCCUGUGAGAAGUAUGCUCAGCCUUGCAUGCAAAGGGGUCCAAUUUUCUGAGGAACAGAGACUUUGCCUUUUGGGGAAAAAAAUCCUGAGUUGGUAGCUGAUGGAAACAAGGGCCCCCUAAUAUACCUGGAAAGGGCAAAGACCCGUAGAUCUGUGCAGGGCAAGAAUUCAAAGCAUCAACGUUGUUUAGACCUGGAAGGAUUUGGAAGUUCUAUCUCUGAGUGUUGUAGGAACCAGAGCCUUUUGUAAAUCUCUUCCCACAAUAAGGAGGGCCUGACCCCUGGCCCUCCGAAGCAG